UCUCGCUUCACCGAGCUGGUUCAUCUACGCUAGUUUUUGACUCGGCUACCGUUUGUGAGUUGGGGGGAUGGGGCCGUGUUGAGGAUGAGCGACUCCAAGCAUUUACCACAUUUACGUAUUUCUCCGCUCGAAAUCCCUUCUUAUGUACAGAUAACUAUUUUUGGACCACGCAUGAGUUUCGACUUUCAUUUGAAAACAUAAAGUGGGGUGCUUUUAGGGCCACGACACUGGUUUUUAAAGUCGACAAAAUGUACUCCACUGCUGGAGCUACUGAAAUGUUUGAGGGACCCCGUUCCUCUGGGUCAGCAAGCUCUGACCCGCCAUCUUCUCCAGUGCCAGAAUAUGUCUUCAAGCCCCCAUCAAGGCCAGACUUUGGCACCAUGGGCAGGACAAUCAAGCUGCAGGCCAAUUUUUUCGAGAUGGAAAUCCCCAAACUGGAAGUGUACCAUUAUGAUAUUGACAUCAAGCCAGAGAAAUGUCCCAGGAGGGUCAACCGUGAAAUCGUAGAGCACAUGGUCCAGCACUUUAAAACACAAAUCUUUGGGGAUCGAAAGCCAGUAUAUGACGGCAGAAAGAAUCUGUACACUGCCAUGCCUUUGCCUAUAGGCAGAGACAAAGUUGAGCUUGAGGUGACCAUUCCUGGCGAGGGCAAGGACCGCAGUUUCAAAGUGUCUAUCAAGUGGGUGUCUUGUGUUAGCCUGCAAGCUCUUCACGAGGCGCUGUCGGGGCGGCUACCCAGCGUCCCUUUUGAGACCAUACAAGCCCUGGAUGUGGUCAUGAGACAUUUGCCCUCUAUGAGGUAUACUCCAGUAGGCCGCUCUUUCUUCACCCCCUCCGAGGGCUGUUCGAACCCCUUGGGCGGUGGUCGAGAGGUGUGGUUCGGCUUCCACCAGUCCGUCAGGCCUUCUCUUUGGAAAAUGAUGCUCAACAUUGACGUUUCCGCCACCGCUUUCUACAAAGCUCAGCCUGUAAUAGAGUUCAUGUGCGAGGUCUUGGAUUUCAAAAGCAUUGAAGAACAACAGAAGCCCUUAACAGACUCUCAAAGAGUUAAAUUUACCAAAGAAAUCAAAGGCUUAAAGGUGGAGAUCACACAUUGUGGACAAAUGAAGAGGAAGUACAGAGUUUGCAAUGUGACCAGAAGACCAGCCAGCCAUCAAACGUUCCCUUUGCAGCAGGAGAACGGCCAAACUAUCGAAUGCACAGUGGCGCAGUAUUUUAAAGAUAAGUACAAGCUCAUGCUGCGAUACCCCCACCUCCCAUGUUUACAGGUGGGACAGGAGCAGAAGCAUACUUACCUUCCUUUAGAGGUGUGUAAUAUUGUAGCAGGACAACGCUGCAUCAAAAAACUGACGGACAAUCAGACCUCCACUAUGAUCCGUGCCACUGCCCGAUCGGCCCCGGACCGUCAGGAUGAGAUUAGUAAAUUGAUGAGAAGCGCCAACUUCAACACUGACCCUUAUGUCCGCGAAUUUGGAGUGAUGGUGAGGGAUGAGAUGACCGAAGUGAACGGCCGGGUUCUCCAGGCGCCAUCCAUCCUGUACGGAGGCAGGAACAAGGCAAUAGCUACGCCAAUCCAGGGAGUGUGGGACAUGAGAAACAAGCAGUUUCACACCGGCAUUGAGAUCAAAGUGUGGGCCAUUGCUUGCUUCGCACCACAGAGACAGUGCACUGAACUUCUGCUAAAAGCAUUCACAGAUCAGCUCAGGAAGAUCUCUCGGGAUGCAGGCAUGCCCAUCCAAGGCCAGCCCUGCUUCUGUAAGUACGCCCAGGGCGCAGACAGUGUGGAGCCCAUGUUCAGACACCUCAAGUACACGUACCAGGGCCUGCAGCUGGUUGUUGUCAUCUUGCCGGGGAAAACGCCCGUCUACGCUGAGGUGAAGCGUGUCGGAGAUACAGUCCUUGGCAUGGCCACACAGUGCGUGCAGGUGAAGAAUGUCCAAAAGCCGACGCCACAGACACUUUCCAACCUCUGUCUGAAGAUCAACGUCAAGCUGGGCGGCGUCAACAACAUCCUGCUUCCUCAGGGCCGGCCCUUGGUGUUUCAACAGCCUGUCAUCUUUCUUGGUGCUGAUGUAACUCAUCCUCCCGCAGGAGAUGGCAAAAAGCCCUCUAUUGCCGCUGUUGUUGGUAGUAUGGACGCCCAUCCCAGCCGAUACUGUGCCACGGUUCGGGUACAGCAGCAUCGCCAGGAUAUCAUCCAAGACCUAGCCACCAUGGUGAGAGAGCUUCUCAUUCAGUUCUACAAGUCCACACGUUUCAAGCCCACGCGGAUCAUCUACUACCGCGAUGGCAUCUCCGAGGGCCAGUUCAACCAGGUUCUUCAACAUGAGCUACUGGCAAUCCGAGAGGCUUGCAUCAAGCUAGAGAAGGACUACCAGCCUGGCAUUACAUUUGUCGUGGUCCAGAAAAGACACCACACCAGAUUGUUCUGUACAGACAGGAACGAGAGGGUGGGAAAGAGUGGAAACAUUCCUGCAGGUACCACCGUAGACACCAAAAUCACUCACCCAUCCGAAUUUGACUUCUAUCUUUGCAGUCACGCUGGCAUACAGGGUACCAGCCGGCCGUCUCACUACCACGUGCUCUGGGACGACAAUCACUUCUCCGCCGACGAGCUGCAGGUCCUCACCUACCAGCUGUGUCACACCUACGUGCGCUGCACCCGCUCGGUUUCCAUUCCGGCGCCCGCCUACUACGCCCAUUUGGUGGCGUUCCGCGCUCGCUAUCACCUGGUGGACAAAGAGCACGACAGCGCCGAGGGCAGUCACACAUCGGGCCAAAGCAACGGGCGCGACCAGCAGGCCUUGGCCAAAGCCGUUCAGAUCCACCAGGACACCCUGCGCACAAUGUACUUCGCCUGAGACUGCACAGCACCAGGUUGGCGUGGGCGAGACCCCGCUGAAGAAACACUAGCCCUCACUGUGUGUGCUUUUACAGCGUGAUCUCUACCUAACAACUAGCAGGUACCCGUUAUGCCCACCCUAGCCAAACCAGAUGUCAGAAGCUGCAAAAGAAGGCCUCUUUCUUGGGGUAUGAGCUGUGUUCUUGCUAUAUAUUUGUAUAUCUUGUGGGCAAUUAUGUUGCAAAGUAUGAAAGGAGUAUUGUUAUUCAACGUGGUGCUUUAUGAAUUAGAAGCACCUCACCUCCCUAUUUGUUUUAAUCCUGUUUCCAUGUCAAAGACUUCAUGAGUUAAGACGCAUUAUUAUUGAACAGCCAAUCACAGCAAAGCGCACUGACUCAAAUGGGUACUUCAAUCAGGAUUUAAGUACUUGAUGAGCCUUUCACGUGAAAGUGCCAUUGAGAGAUCACCUUCCUCUUAUCAACUAUUUGUAUUUGUCCACGUUGAGCGUUUUAUGCCAAAUCUGGGACAACUUACCCAUCAACUUUGAACCAACACUCAGAAUGUUCAAGAGAGGGGUUUUUAGUGAUUUCAUAGAACAGAAGCUUACAGUGCUGAACUCGUGUAUUGGGACUGGUUCCCAGCAAAAACACACUUUUGUAUGUACUCUGAGCCGUGCUGAUUAGACGCACGAUGUACAAAUCAAAACAGUUUGGUUCCCUUGUCUUUUUAUAGAUUUGUUUUUAGUAAGUCCUUUUGUUCUCUAAUGGAUUUGCAUGUAGCCAAGUCCUGUUUUAGAAACCUAUACGCGUGUAUCUCUUCCUUGAUAAACAACCCUCUAUUUUUAAUGUACAUACCCGUGGAAUCAGCAAUGUCUUUGACUCAGACGUUGGUGUGGCGUUUCCAUAGCGACACAUUCGGUACAGCGGCCUGAAAGCUGCAACACUUAAAGAUCAAAAUUCGCUUACGAAACAUUCUGUCCUAAAACUCAUGAGCACGGGCAUGUUUUUUUAAUCAAAAUGGCUUUUUUUUAUGGUAAAAAUUAGGUAUAUUUUGAAUAGAACUCAGUGGAGACUGCCGAAACCAAUGUUUUUUAAAAAAAAUAAAAAAAAAUAAUGCCCCAUAUGUAAUCUAAAUGAACACUAUUUGUGUACAGAGUCCAAUGCAAAUAUCCUCUUGCCUUUGAAAGACUUAACAGUCUCAAGUCAGUCACUGACUUUUUCUAUCGUCCACUUUUAACACGUUUAAGCUAGCGAAUGUUCAUAGUCGUGAAUGGAGCGGAUGUAGUCUAACUAUGCAUUGUUUUUAACCAAGAGAUAUGGCAGAGGGGUGUUUCACCUGCAGCUGGUAUGUUCGUAGAUGUCGAGUAGAUAGGGCGCUUUUUAGUCAUCUUUAAUCAUGUUGCAUUUAGUCGCAUUUCUCUUUCGUGUGGUCCUUGAUGACAGUGUACAGUUUUCAAUUGGGGCCAAGCCAGAUUAUAAAACUUUACAUGACAAGCAUACAAAAAAGACAGAAAAGCACAAAAAGGACCCUUUGCGAGAUGUUUUCACUGUAAACCACUUCGCCUACGAGUGGUUCAAAUCAAGACAAGAAAAGAGACGUAUUCUCCCCUCUUACCUGUAAAACAACUAUUAAUCCGACUGACUGUGUUUGUGGGGCAUUCUGAACACCAUGUACUUGAUAUUUACUGUUAUGAUGUCAAUAUUGUUCUUAUUGGUGCUGGUCUCAAAGCAUGGACAUUUGGAUGCACUUUUCAUAGCAUAGCAUUGGUAUGAGCUCCAAUAGAUAGGGGUGUGUGCAUGUGUGCAUGCGUGCGCGUGCGUGUAUGUGUGUGUGUGUGUGUGUGUGUGUGUGAAAUAGGAGUUUAGGCCAUAUUGUGACACUGGUGUAAUUGUAUGGAAAUGGCCUCGUGUCCUACCUCUUGUUACCUGUUAAAAGUGUAAUGGUAACAUCACACUGCUGGCCAUUUCUGCAUAAUUGCCCUUGCUAUCGAUCUAAAUGGCAUUGUUUGUGGAGGCUUGCAAUGACAGUAGAUGAUUGGUAUGCAUGGUGAUGAACACACUUAGUGUUUUCAUAGAAACUAAUAAGGCGGAGAGGAUGUUUUUAUGUCUCAGAAGGGGGUUCAAAGCGUUGCGCUGCACUACCAAAUUCUUAAGUUGUGUUUGUGUGUGGUUGAUAUUCACACACAAGUUCCCCCUAAUUAUUUUCUAUCAAUUAACUCUAUGCACCAAAAGUCUCCACACCUUGAUUUCUUUUUCUAUCCAAGUCGUACAACAACAAAUACAAAACCAACAGCAAAAGACCAUUCCGUAAGUUUGCUUGAACACCUAAAACCUGGAACACGACACUUGUGGGAAAAGAUGAUUGUGAAGUAUGUAGUGUAGUCAAUAAGAGCGUUAGAUCUAGCUGGCCUUUUGACACGACUGUUCUUGCAAGCCCUUCCCACUUCCAACUAGUCACAAUCUCUUAUUUUGGAAUUGCUUGGCAAUAGUUAAGUUGGUAAAAAGUUUCAUAAUGGUUGCCGUCUCUUAUUUCAAAAAAUCAGAAAAGGAUUUGUAGUUGUUGUUGCGUCUUGGUGUUUGACUUGACAUACUACUAUACCAGCACCUUAGAAUGCCAGAACGUAAUUGUUUUUACAUUGAAAUAUAUAACUCCAACUUUUGACAAUGUUCCUUUUGCACUAAAACAAGAAUGGACUUUGUAGCUUUUUGUGCAGCAUUUAGGGUAUUCAACAGGUGGUGGAUACUUUUUUUGUAUUUAGAAAGAAAGCAGUAGAUGGUGUCGGUCGCCUCCGCCAAUCGGGCCUUGAUCGCUUUAGUUUAGCCUGUGCUGAUAGUUACAUCUGCAGCCAGAUUUUUUCCACCAAUAUUCCGAUGCCUUUUUUAAUGUUGAGUGUGAGGCGGUUCCAGCUUGAGAGGUGGAGACGUUUACUUGCCUAACCUGUAAUUCCACCCAUGAGCUGUGGGUGUCUGACCAAAAAAGGUUCAUUUGGCCCCCCAUUCAAGACUGCAUGGCAGCAAAAGCUUUCAGGUGGUACAGUUCAGUUCAGUUUUGGCACAGUAUGGUUUCGAUUGGAAGAACCUGAUCCGGCCUGCAUUUUUACGUCUGAAUGUCAAAGAUAUAUUUGAAACAGGAUAGGACCUGUAGUUUACCUGCAAAAAAUGCAACUUUAACCCUUGUGCAACCUUAAGAUUGACUACACACACUUACUCUUAGGAUCCAAAAGGGACCUGUCAGCAAUAAAUUAUUUUUUAACGUUUAAAAUCUUAUAACAACUUCAGAUCUAUAUAUUGAUUAAGGUUUAGUAUUCUUUUUGCUUUAACGUUUUACAGUCCUUUUGUCAAAAUAAAAAACAUUUAAAUGAGGGAAAAUGCAAAGUAUGCAAUAUUUGUAAAAAAAAAAAAAAAAAUAAGUUGCAGAGUGGAAUAUUGGCGGUGGGGUAAUUACAGCCUUGAAUAAUGCAUGACAUUGAUUGUAAUACAAUAGAAUGAAAUAUUAUUUUUUACAGUGCAUACUGAGCUAGAAUGAUAGAGAAAGUUGAGUUUGAGUAUACGUAAGUCGUUUGUAUAUCCACACCAUGUUAUAUAUAACUUCCCAAGAUCAUUUCAUUCUGUUUGUAUUUGUUUGCAUUUCAGCUGAUCUUAGAAUAAUGUUCAUGGUUUUCUGGCUCUGUUUGGUUGUUAAGUGGUGCCAUUACACCGAAACAAUAUUGUGAGAUUAAUUUGGGUUACAUGGAAAAAGCACAGGAUUGCUGCUUGUUAAAAGUAGCAGUUAUAAUGGGAGUCAAUGGAGUCGAAAAAGUUCUUGAGAGAAAGUGCGGGUACUAUUUUUUACGCAAUCAAAAACACAAUGCAAUUUUAUUUUUUUAAACGUGCUAAAAACUCCCUGGCGAAAUUUCAGAGCACCAACCUUCAAAAUGAUCCAUCAUAGCACAUAAGGAAGACAUUUUGGGCCCAAGGGUUGCACAAGGGUAAAUCCAUCCAAGUAACAUGGAAGUAGGGCUGGGUGAUAUGGCCUUUUAUUAGUAUCUCAAUAUUUUUAGGCCAUGUCACGAUACACGAUAUAUAUCUCAAUAUUUUGCCUUAGCCUUGAAUUAACACUUGAUGCAUAUAAUCACAGCAGUAUGAUGAUUCUAUGUGUCUACAUUAAAACAUUCGUGUUCAUACUUCAUUAAUAUAUGCUUAUUUUAAACUUUCAUGCAGAGAGGGAAAUCACAACUAAGUCAAUUUACCAAAACUGUAAUUAUUAAACAGUUAUUAAGCAGUGGCACAAAGAUUCAUGUCAUUUCCAAAACAGAAAGUGCAAGAUUGUCAGAGACAUUUUAAAACAAGCUAUGAGUGCACUUUUGUGCAUGAUGUCACUAAGAUUACAUAUCAAAACAACACUAAAUGAAAGUGCACUUUUUUUUGUACAGAACGCCACUACAAUAGUUUAAAACAAAUAAAGUGCACUAUUGUGCAUGAUGCCACACAAGAUAUUUCAAUAAGUGUCAAAUAAAAAUGAGCUGCAUAAUAGGAAAUCAAAUAGUAUAUGUCCUUCGCUAUGUGGUAGGUUCCUGCGGACGUCAUCUCCUUCUGUUGUUGACUAUUUUUUUCAUACGGUGUUGAUCUGGAAAUAGUUGCUUCGGCAUUUUGUUUGUGUGGCACCGAACGGAGAUGUUGACAUGCGGAGUUUCAAGCACUCUUCAUUCUCUAGCGGGUGACUUUUCAAAUGAUGCUACAUUAGCAGUGGUGCUACUUUUUGUAGCAACGCUUUUGCCGCAUAAUUGUUCAAUAUCUUCCUGCUUGAAGCCAAACCACCGCCAGACGAUGGACCCCGUGUUGUUUUUCUUGGGAAUUAAUUCUUCCUUCAUUUGUUACCAGAUUCGCACCUUCUCUCUCUCGUAUUACCACCCGCACCGCACCGUUAGCAUCACAACUAUUGUUACCAUGUCGCUAACUGUCUGCUCCGCGGGAGCGUGUGACGUUGCACACGUGACGUAUGUAAGAAGGUGCGCUUGUUUUAAGUCUCUGUGAGAAGGAGAGACAAGAAAGAGUGGGAAACGCAUGUAGUGUAAUGCCCACAGCUAAAAGCAACUGUGUGAGAACGUAUACUUGAAUAUCAUGAUAUAGUCAUUUUCUAUAUCGCAUAGAGACAAACCCGCGAUAUAUCGAGUAUAUCAAUAUAUCGCCCAGCCCUACAUAGAAGAAUCCAUAAUUUUUAGGAAUUGCUCUAAUAUAUAUGGGGGUGCGGGGAUUAAUUGUUGGUCUUCAUGUUACACCGCGCACUACUUGGCUCUAGCCAGCAGAGGCGCCGUGGAGUCUGUUUUCCACCAGUUUACGUUGUUAAAAAAAAAGGAAAGACCGUGUCAGCAAAGGAAAGUUGAGCUGCAUCCAAUGUAGGCCUUAGCUAUGGCACAGUACUGGCAUGUAAACAAGAGUUCAGAACAUUCAGAGAGAGACGAUCCUAGAACAAGAAAAUGUGUCAAGAUGUGUACCAAACUGAACGGUCAGCUUUACCACCUCUUACAUAUCAGGACCCUCUUGUGUGACCGCAUCCACUGUAGUUGAUAUUUGUGUUUUGCAAAACACAGCCAUUUCCAAUGGAAAUGUGUCACUCUGAGAAAAAGACCCAAAACAAAUGUCCAUUGCAGAGGACGUCGGUUCUUAGGAGGAAAUACCAAGGAGGAUUUUUACCUCCAACCUGCCUGUCUGGACGAAUGGGGCACAGCUCUCUAAGUUGACCAAUGUGCGGGCUGCAGACAUGCUAUAUUCCUAUCACAUAUUCUUUCAUUCAAACAAAAUGCACACAUUCACCUUAGUUGGGCUGCUUUUGGUGUCUCUUGGCUUGGCCGAGAAGUACUUCAUGUGUGAAAUGUCAUUUCACCAUAGCAGCUCGUUAACAUAGACAGGAACAUUGUGUUUAGCAUUUCUACUUUAGCAGGCGCAUUUCAGAAUAUCCUUUUAGUCCCAAGCCAUGUAUAUCAUGUAUAUCUUCUCUGGCCUCCAUGCUCAUUUCUCCUGAUAACAAUGAAUGUACUUAGUUCCUGUCUGCUUUGUAAUAUUAUGUACACCUGUUUGACAUUUCUGUCCUGUUGUUUUUUUUAUUUAGGGCUAGUUUUCUCUUAUUUAUAGAUUUGAUUCAUCUAUGAUUCUUUGAUGGGGUUUCUCUUUUUACCACCUUAUUACUGGUGAACCACACAAGUGAUUGACUUUUUCUGGCUCUGUGACAGAUUUUGGUAUUACUUUUCCCCCUGAACUCAAUAUAUCCCCAAAAUAUCAAGUCAGAAAUAGAUUUUUGGCUUCUGGAGAAUAAUUGUCAGGUGUUUUGGGGGUGUAAUGUACAGUAAAUAAGUUUCUCUGCGUGUGUGUGCAUGUGUGUAUAUACAGUAUGGAAAUGUGUGUGUGUGUGUGUGUGCGUGCGUGUGUGUGUGUGUGUGUGUGUGUGUG